AUGUUUAAUCAGAUUGAAUUUAUAUGUAGAAAUAUCAGAGAUAGUGAUCUUUAUUUUGGAGGUAUACAAAUAAUUUGGUCAGGAGAUUUUUUUCAGCUCCCCCCAGUUCCAGAUUUACUUAACAGGGACCCUGGAGAAUUCUGUUUUAAGUCUGAUGUUUUUAAAAAUGUAUUUAGACAUAAAGUAGUGCUCGAUAAAGUAAUGCGUCAAGAUGAACCUGAUUUUGUGAAGGCCAUACAUGAUAUUUCAAAAGGAGAGCUACCAACUGAUACGCAUAAUUUGUUAAAACGUCUCCAAAGGCCACUCCCUCCUGGCAAUGACCUCAUCAGACUCUUUGCAAGAAAUUUUGACAGAGAAGUGUAUAAUGCGUCGCGCCUUCUUGAUCUAGAAGGAGAUUUAAAAUCAUUUCAUUCUCUUGUUGAAGGAGACCCAACUAAAUUAAGGAAAAUGUCUGUUGGUCAAUAUUUACAUAUAAAAAUAAACUGUUCAGUAAUGUUGGUGAAAAAUUUAAGUAAAAAUCUUGUCAAUGGGUUACAAGGAACUGUGCAGGAAAUAAAUACUGACAAUAACACUGUCACUGUUAACUUUAAUGGUUUGAUAACUGACAUAAAAAGAGAAAUGUUCACAGUUUAUAGUUCAAUUGAUAACAAAGUUGUAGCUAGUAGACUACAAAUACCAUUAGUCUUGUCAUAUGGUGCAACUAUUCAUAAGGCACAAGGGCUUACUUUGGAUAGAGUUGAGGUUGAUUCUUCAAAUAUUUUUAAAGCAGGACAACUGGGUGUGGCAGUUGGUAGGGUAAGAAAAAAGAAAGGACUGAGAUUGAUUGAUUUUCAUACUAAAAAUGUAAUAAAACCUGAGAAAUCCCUAUUUGAAUUUUAUGAACUGAAUUCUGUUCCAUUUCUUAGUGAUUUUGAAUGCUGCAAUAUUUCAUAUUCCUUAGCAACAGAAUUUAAUUUAGAGUUUGAAGAAAAUGUUUUAUCUGAAUCAGAAUUAUCAGAAUUCACUUAUGAAGAAAUUGAUGAAAUUGAGAAAAUGGUACAUGUUAAUAAAAAUAUGGGUGAUCUAAUAGAUAGUGUUGCAUCUGAAGACGAGAUACACAAUGUACAAGUGAAUUUAAAUGAAUGUCCAAUAAGUUUAGAUGACAUACGGUCAUGUUUACCUGAUAUGCUGGUGACUGAUGAACAGGUUUUUAUAAAUGAGCGAUUGAAUUUACUGCUAGAAAAGCAUAAAUUACAACUAAAUUUAUAUCUGACGACAAUUUUUGAAAAUAUUUCAGAUAUAUAUGAACAGGUUUUUGGAAAAAAUAAAACUAGUAACAUUAAGGAUUCAACUGAAUUCUCACCUCAACAAAGUGCAUACUCAAAUGAUGACGCAGGCUUGGGCAAACUUAGGUAUAUUGCUGGAAGAUGUAUUGCAAAAUCCAAGUAUCAUUACAUGACAAUAGGAAAAAAUAACAUGUAUAAGAAUAACAAACAGUCCUGUGUGACUGAGUGCUUCCUUAAAGUAAAAAUAUUGGAUUAUAUGACAACAACAUAUGCUGAUUUAUUGGAGAAUAGUUCAAACAAAGAAAGCCUUGAAGAAACCAAAAGAAAACAAAAUUGA